AAGGGUUCAAUAAUUGUACCACACCUCUGUCUUGGUCUGUGACUCCCUCCCGGCGCCGUGCUCGACUACCAGCCUCGAUCGUCUUUCUGUUGCCGGCGUGACUCAGCAUCCUGCCCAGGCACCUUGUCGCAAAGUAUUGAAUCGAGACGAGCAAACGACUCGAGCUCCGCUUGGGCUGCGCAUUCAGAACAACAACUGCUACCCUCCCCCAAAAAUCACCACCACCACUGUCAAGAUGGAGGACAACAAGCCCGUCGAGGACAACAAGCCUCAGGAGCCCUCGAAGAGCGCCCUGAAGAAGGCUGAGAAGGAGGCCAAGCGGGCAGCCGAGAAGGCUGCGAAGGCCGCCAAGCAAGCCGCCAUGCCCAUCGUGGGUGGCAAGAAGACCGACGACAUCAUCGGCAUCACAACGAGCAAGGCCGACAACUUCCCGCAAUGGUACCAGGAGGUCGUUCUCAAGGCCGAGAUGAUUGACUACUACAACGAGAUUUCGGGCUUUUUCAUCAUGCGCCCGAGCUCCAUGUACAUCUGGAACGUCAUCCGCAAGUGGUUUACAGAGCGCAUCGAGACCCUGGGAGUUGACGAGACGAGUUUCCCCAUGUUCUUGUCCUCAAAAUCGCUCGAGAAGGAGAAGGACCACGUCGAGGGCUUUGCUCCUGAGCUUGCUUGGGUGACCAAGGCCGGUGACAAGGAUCUCGAGGUCCCCGUUGCUGUCCGUCCUACCUCUGAGGCCGUCAUGUACCCGUAUUACUCCAAGUGGAUCCGUAGCCACCGCGAUCUCCCCUUCAGAUUGAACCAGUGGAACUCCGUCGUCCGGUGGGAAGCCAAGCAAACAACCCCUUUCCUCCGUGCCCGAGAGUUCCUGUGGCAGGAGGGCCACACUGCCCAUCUCACUGAGAAGCUCGCUGGCGAAGAGGUUCUGCAGAUUCUUGAGUGGUACGCUGGCGUCUACGAGGAGCUACUGGCUGUCCCCGUCGUCAGAGGUCGCAAGACUGAGAACGAGAAGUUCGCUGGAGGCUACUACACCACCACUGUCGAGGGAUACAUUCCUUCCAACGGUCGUGGUAUCCAGGGUGCCACCUCCCACUGCCUGGGCCAGAACUUCAGCAAGAUGUUCGAUAUCACUGUCGAGGACCCUACUGAGCAGGGCAAGCAUGUCCACGUCUGGCAAAACUCCUGGGGUCUCUCCACUCGUGUGAUCGGUGUCAUGGUCAUGAUCCACGGUGACGACAAGGGCCUCGUCACUCCUCCCCGGAUUGCCAAGAUCCAGGCUAUCCUCAUCCCUCUCGGCAUCACAAAGAGCACUACUCCCGAGCAGAAGGAGAAGCACAGCCAGGAAGUCGCCAAGAUCAAGGCGACGCUCAAGACUGCAGGUGUCCGCGUUGAGGACGAUCUGAGAGACAGCUACACCCCUGCCUGGAAGUUCAACGACUGGGAGCUCAAGGGUGUUCCUCUCCGUCUCGAGUUUGGCCCCAAGGACAUGGCCAACGGAGUCGUCAGCUUCGCGCGCCGUGACACUGGCGAGAAGGGCACUAUCGCUCUGGACGAGAUCAGCACCAAGGUGCCCGAGUUGCUCGAGACCAUCCAGAAGGACCUGUACGAGAAGGCCGAGAAGGCCUUCCGGGAACACCGCCUGGUCAUCAACGACUGGUCCAAGGUCGUCCCCGCUCUGGACGCCAAGAACGUCGUCCUGAUCCCCUUCUGCGGCGAUGGCAAGUGCGAGGACGAGAUCAAGGACCUCACGACCGGCCGCGGGGACGACGACCCCAACACCCCCGAGGCCCAAAAGGCUCCCUCCAUGGGCAUGAAGAGUCUUUGCAUUCCCUUUGAGCAGCCCGAGGGUCUGGUCAAGGGCGAGACCAAGUGUCUCAACCCCAACUGCAAGCGCAUGGCCAACGACUACGUCAUGUUCGGUCGCAGUUAUUAAUCACAUUCCUGUCUGUGAGCGAGGUUUGCAGCAGCGUGUGAAAUGUGCAUCAGCAUGUCGUCACUUCAAAUAGCUUGAGGCCUUUGACUAUAGACAAAACACAAUAAAUGAAGAAAUGAUGGAAUGAUGGCAGGCUUUCAUGCAUUGGGCAAAGCCGUGCGUUCGAUUUGUGCUGCCAUACUGCUGCAGCAAAAAGCUGCCGAUAUUCACGACAUGUGAGACUUGUCACAGGAUUGCUUCCAGGACUCAAAGGUCAAGUUCACAAAUGGCACAGAAGCAGCAACACAAUUCGAGGUUUUGGGGCUAGCAUUUUUAUUCAUGAUAUCGUAUAAGCAGGGGAAGAGCUAGAACCCUCCCUCCCCCUUAUGCUCUGACAAGC